GUUGGUUGACAUACUGUUCUAGUCCCACUGACACUAGUUUUUUUUUGCAUAUUUUAAUAUCAAAAGUUGCUCAUUCCUUAAAGGACAUGCCAUUAUCUGCUGAGCAAUGGAUACUUGGUGGCAUUGCACUUACUAUCAGAAAGAGAAAGGAAUGACCUAGCUCAGUUAAUUAAUGCUAUGGUGUCCUAUUCAAUAACAUACAAGAACAUGAAAUCUGAUCCUCUACCUGGUACCCAGCUACAUGAAGCAGCUUCAGAUGGUUUGUCACUUUCCUUUGAUCCCCCAAUUGCUGACUUUGUCACCUUCAAGGGAUUUAGUUUGGGUCAUUAUGCUCUUGGUGUAGCUGUCAAACAAAUUUUGAUGCAUGAGAUAGAAAAGAAAAUUUUUUUGCAAGGAAGCAUGAGCAAAACUAUGCAUUCAACUGAUGGAAAACGCAGAGAGAACUGGGCAAUGACAAUGGAGGAAAAGAGUCGAGCUCAAUCUGGCAAUGUUAGUCAUGCAGUUGGAUGUGCUGAAAACAACAUAGAAACAGCAAAGAGUAAGGCCAGUACUUCCAUCAUUUCGUCAGCCUCUGGUUCUACUGGAAGUGCAGAAGCUAGUGUAAAACUAAAAUCUUCUAGAGAUAUGAAGAAGCCUCCUAGGGGCUCUACUUUCUUUGAUAAGUAUUAUCUUGUUCUUGAGAUCAUUUUUGUUUUCAUACCCGAUUGCCACUAUUAUUAG